UGAGAUUGUAUUGGACCAAACUACAACUUGUAAAGAACCAACUUUUCCUUUAAAGGGGCAAGAUAAUAACAAAAACAGUCAGACAAACUUCACAAAUUUUUAAUGUCAUAUUUCAGCCAUGUUUACACAGCAAUGAUCAUGACACAUAAAUAGCAUCUUGCACUAUUACUAAAAAUAGAUUUUGUCACAUGAGAUCCCAUGAGACCCCCCACACAGACUCAGACAAACAUUUCGAUCUGCCAAAGGCAAAUGUAUGUGCGAGGGCUGCAAGAGUGAAACAAAAAUGAAGAAAAUUUGGUGAAAUCAUGGAGUUAAUAAUUAGAGGGACAAAAAAUGGUUUCUACCAAACACUGCUGUUGGGGUGAGUGUAAAACAGACUCGAGGUAUCCUGACAAAUGGACAAAAUCUCUCGAAGAGUUACAAGCAUCGGGCAAGAAAGUCUUCCUACCGUUCCCAAAACCGUCGCAAGACAUUGCUAAGUGCAAGCGUUGGCUAGUAGCUUGUUCUCGGGAAUUAUUUACAGAGAAAAAUAUUACCAGAAAUACUUAUAUUUGUGCUCUUCACUGGCCCGGAGAAAAAGGUCCCACGGCUGAAUUUCCUGAUCCGCUGAAAGCGAAUCUAACACGAGCACAAGCGAGUCGAGCAUGUGCUCCAAAGAAAAAAGCUCCGAGAUCAAGAGCGGAACCAGUCACAAAGAAAGAAAAGUUACACAACAAAAACUGUGGCGAACAAUUACUGGACUACUGUAUACCGACUGUCGAUCGCGAGUCACUAGAAUCUGGAUCGACGGUCGAUGCCAUCCUAAACAAACUCAACGAAUCUCUAACCAAUGAAGAAUGUAAUGCGACGCCACAUGUGUAUGAGCACUCUACAGGAAAGCUGGUUUCUGAUCAAGGCUCUCAGACCUUGUAUUCUAAAUACGAGUUAUCCGCAAAGGUCGAGACCAUGAUUUUGAAGAAUGAUGUUGCCACGAGGAAACCUCAGGCUCCCACAAUAGUAAGUACUCUAUCUUACGAAAACAUCGUGCGAGAUGCAAGUCUUAUGAAACACUUCAUUGGCCUCUCACCUCCACAGUUUGAGAUUUUGCAUAAUUUUCUAGACGACGUUUGUCCUUUGGAGACCAUAAACUAUUGGACUAGUAAAGAUUGCCCUGCAACGGAAAAUGCAAGAACUGGCCCAAGAAGUGAUUUUUCAUCAAGGGAGAAGCUUUUUAUUUGCCUUCUGAGACUUAGGAGAGGAUUUACUCUCAAGACUCUAGCAGCUCUUCUCAGUACACCAGAAAGAAAAAUUGAUCCAUCCUAUGUACGCAAAAUUUUCACCACCUUUCUUCAGCUGAUGUAUGUAACGUUUAGAGACAUGCAACACUUCAUGUUUCCUCAGAGAGCCCAACUCAGCAGGUUCCUCCCCAAAGUUUUCAAAACCAUGAGGAAAAUACGGUGUAUUGUUGACUGUACUGAGUUUAGAGUAGAAUGCUCCAGGAAUUUUGCUAGGCAAGGGAACACUUUCUCUUCAUACAAGCACACAAACACAUUUAAGUGUCUCAUUGCUGUAACUCCCAAUGGCGGAGCAUGCUUUGUGUCAGAUUUGUUUGAAGGGGAUAUUGAUGAUGUUGCAAUCUUCAAAGAAAGUGGGCUUAUGAAACACCUGAAACCAUAUGAUUUAGUAUUGGCUGAUCGGGGUUUUACUGUGCGGGAGCUCCUAAAUCCACUCCAAGUGGAAUUAAAAAUUCCAUCAUUUCUGAAAGGAAGAAAAACUCUUAGUGCUGCAGAGGAACUGGAGACGCGUCGUAUUGCUAAGGCUAGGAUUCAUGUAGAACGUUUUAAUGAACGCCUUAAGCAGUUCAAACUUGUUGGUCGGAAAAUUCCUUUGUCUCUGGCCCCUCUUGCAACUCAAAUGGUAGUAGUUGCUUCAUGCCUUGUCAAUUUUCAGAACACCCUUUGUAAAUAGAGUUUUAAUACAGAAUAGUUGUGUGAAGACUGAUUGAAAUUUGUACUAGUGCAAGACCACAAGAUUAAACUCACUCUGUAUUGAGCACUGAUGACUGUA